AUGAUGAACCCUUAAAAGUAAACACAUGAUUCGCAAAAAAAUCAGAAGAUUCAAUCAUCAUUAAUUACUGAGGUUUAACAAAGGCCUUCCUCAGUAAAAACUGCUGAAAAUUCUAUUAAAUCAUAAUCAGAGACUUUUACCAAUAGAAACUCAGCUCCUCCCAAACAAUACAAAUACUGGAUAGAUGUUCAAGAUUUAUUGAAUAUGCUUCGUCAUACUCUACAGUACUAAGAGGUUUUCUCAAAGCUAGAUAAGGGUGACACAAAUAUUGAUGAGCAAUACUCAACAAAUAAUACUGUGCAACAGCAAUAAUAACAUUAAUUAUAAAACUAAAUAAACACAGGCCAGAAAGUAGAGGAAAACUAAAAAGUUAUAACUCAAGUCUACAAAUCGAAGAUUAGAACUGAUGUGGAUACAUCGAUUCAUAUGAUGAUCGAACACUUAAUUCAAUACCAAAAUAAAUUCAAAAGUAAAACCUUGAGAUUAUGCUUUUCAUCUGAAUAAGAAUUAUUCUCUAUAUGCUAUAAAAUUUUUGGAGCUGAAAUUUUCUAAAUAACUGCAGCUAGAAAAGAUACCAAUAUAAUCUCAGUUGCCAACAUGAACCAUUACUUCUUCUUAAAAAUGGAAUUAUAUACUAGAGGUAGAGGCAUCUAUGACUAGGCCAGAAAAGAAUAUUAGCUACAUCGAGCAGUAUUUGAGAAUAACUUACCAUUGAUUUCAAGAUUGAUUAAAUGCCAACAUGAUGGCUCAUUUUUUGCUGAGAAAAAUGAAAUUGAUGGAGGAGGAAACACACCUUUGAUAUUAGCAGUUAAACUUGGAAAUGUAGAUGCAGUCAAGGCUAUUUUUAGCUCUCUAGAGUGCCUACCUGAUUUCAAAAUCGAUAUUUAAUUUAGCUGCAAAUCUAAUUUUAUUCCCUUCGUUAGGAACUUUGCUCCCAGCGACACCUAUAAAAUCUAUAAAUAAGGUUCUAAAAUAAGACUUGACAUGACUUUAGUCGGGUUCAGAAAGUUAAAGUGUGUGCGCGGGAAUUUAAGUGUUUUAUUUAAAGGCAGGGGCCAAGAAAAUGAGGGAGAACUGUAUGUUGUUGACCAUGAGUCAAAAUCAGUAUCAAAUAUAUUCAAUGAUCUAGCCUAUGCAAAGGUUGAGAAGGAUUUAGAGGACAUUUUAAAUGAUUAGUAAUACUAGAAGCUGUACAAAGCUGAUAAGUUUAAGCUAGAAGCUGAGAUUGACAAGAAAGGAGAAAUUAGGUAAAAGUUGAUUGAGGGUUUUAAAGCAGAAAAGCACAAUUUGAAAACUUAGUUCACCAUGACUAAAUUUAGAAUAAAUAUGCAGGAUGUGUUCUCAAUAUAAAAAUAUAAAAGUUACGAAGAAUAUAGAUAAAGAAAUUCUUUUGAUAUAUCUAAUCAACCAAGUCAGACUCAACUAGAUAAAGUGUAAGAGUCUUUGCUGAGGCAUGAUAAGACUGUCAAUUAAGAUCCCAGCUAAAUAUAAGUAAAUAUAAUAAACUGGAAUCCUUUAAGCUCAACCGCCCCUAAUCCUCACUAUGUAAGAGUGGAAACUGAAAGUGAUCAUGCUAGUUAGCCUUAAAUUCUCACCUAAGGUAGUAAGGAUCACAAUGUAAAUAUAAUAACUAGCAACACUGUUCAAGGCUACACAACUGAUAAGAAAAUAACAAAGAAAACAAUAAAUGCAAGUAUUUGGCUUUGUAAAUAGCAUCCGUUAAGUCUGGACUCCUUUCUUCCUCUAUUGCAAGUUUUAUCAUUCAGCUCUAAAUAAAUUGCUAAAUUCAAAGAUCAUUUGAUAAAGUACUAAUUACCAAAAGGUUCAUUUCCCUUAAAAGCAAAAGUUCCCUUAUUUAUGACUAUGAAAGCUUCUUUUGCGCUGCAAAAUUUAUCAUUUGACACUUCCGAUUUCUCAUAAAAUCUAUUUACAGUAGAUGAAGAAUACAUCGAGAUAAGGCAUUAACAUAACUUGCAAUAUCAAAUAAUUAAUCAGAACAGACUUUUAUAGUUAAUGAAUAAAAAUUCUCCUUCACCAAAUUCAGCCGCAUAAACUCUGAAGGAAAUAUACAAGCUAUGCAAAACUGAUGAAGACUAAGACGAGGAUGAUGAUGAUUCUGAUAGUAUAGAGAGAGCAAAUGAGCUUUUUAAUUCAAUGCUGAAGAAAGUAAACUAAUCUGAGGAGCUAUUGCUGGAAAUGUCCUCGUUCCAUUCAGAAUAUGAUUCUGUAGAUCUUAGCGAAAGAUAAAUGAAUGAUGAAUCUUUCAAAUUAGGUACUCACGCCUUCUCAAAAAUACAAACUAUGAAUUCGAUAAAUACGAGGCACAAAGAUGACGAGGAAUUGCAUUAUCACAAUACCACCUCUAAUCAGAAAUAGAUUCAAGAGUAUAAGAAUCUUUCAAAUCAUCAGAGAAGAAUAAAGUUUGGAAGAAAAAAAUAAAGUGGAUCUAAAAAUGCUCUAAACUAAACAAAUGAAGGCGAAAACAUCUUUGAUAGUAAAAUCCUGGAGGAGAGACCAACUGUUAACUACACAAUAACAAAAAGAUCUUUUACAAAGUCUCAGAAGCCUCCAACAAAUGGCCCUCCUUUAAAUGCUGAUACUGCUAAAACUUUAAAGAAGAAUUUCUAGCCUAGAAACAUGAAGAAUUACAAAAAUAUGUUUAAAUAUGGGAGCAACUAAAAUUAAUUUGAAGCAACUUAUAAUUUCAAUGCAUUACCUAUGAUAGAUCAUCAAGGUAAUACACCUGCUAUUAGUACAGCUGACACAAGUUUGCUCACUAAUAAGCUUUCAUCCUUUUUUAUUGGAUAAAAUUAGUUCAAUCGUAGAGACUAAAAUGCUUGGUUCAAAUAGAUAUUGAACUAUAAAAAUACAUUGGCUGGUGCAGGUGGUGGCUAUUUACAUACAAUUGAAAGUGAAGAGGUAAUGGGAACCGAGGGACCUAAUAAUGAUGUUAUUAGCUAGGUUGGUAACUAAACAAUAGGAGUAAAUAGCAGUGCCUUAAUGACUCACAGUAACUUUGAUGAUAACUUCUCUAGAAAAAGCUUUAUUCAGAGCUUUAGUAAUCAAAACUAAAACAUAAAUUCGAGUAGAGAGAGUUCUCUAAAAUCAUUUAAUAGCGGGGGAACUCCAUUAAUCCAGCAAUAAAAUAAACAAGCUGUGAAUAAAUCUCUACCAUAUUCUGAUCAGAGCUAGGAUCAGAAGGGCAAUAUCAUGUUUAGUAAAACAUCAUCAUAGAAUAGCUAGUAGAUUAAUAAAGAAGAGAGGAAGACCCUAGUGAAUCACAAUGCUCUGAUAUCUAGAUUCCACAACUAUAUUAAUUAGCAGCAAUUGCAGUACCCAUAGCAGAUCGUCUAAUAAGCCGGUAAAAUGCAAUAGUAGCUUGGCAACAAGACUUCUACACCUUAAAAACCUAAGAACUAUUUGGUCCCUAAUAAUCAAGUGCUUACUCCUCAGCAGAUUUAAGAUAGCGUUUAAUCCAAUAAUUCAAGUAACAUCAAGCCUAUAACAGCUGAUAAUCAUAGCAUCGUCAAUUCAGCAAAUAAUAACAAGCAAUAAAGUAGGUAAAGCAGCAACAACUUAGGUAAUAAUGGCAAAUCUCUCUUACCUCCGAAAGUCGCUCACCGAAGAUAAUCAUCUUAUGGAGGUAGUAGUUCAAAUAUCAACACAUACUUGGGUAAUUCAACAGUAAAUGUAAACCAGUCGAACACUGGCAGUGGAGGAAUUUUCAAUAAGUUUUUCGGAUCAACUUAUAACAGAAACUCAGGGGCAAAUGGAAAUGCAGGCUUGAAUAUUUAGAAUCAUUCAUAACAAGAGCCUGAAAUCAAUCCCUUUUUGGCUGUGUAAAGCUCUACAUUAGACAUAAUUAAGCCAAAGUAAAGCUAGUAACAACAGAUAAUGGCUUUCCAGACUUUCGACCAUCCCCGCUAAAACACUAGUAGGACUACAUCAAACACUUAAUACUAGCAGCAUCCACCACCAUUACUGGGAUUUGUACAGAACCCAUAGUAGACAAAUAGUGCGAUAUUUAUGAAAGGCCUUCUUUCGCACACAAAUAAAAAGACUAACGAUGUAGACAUUUUCCUUCCUUAUUAAGUUUGA